AUGGUUUACCUUCCACCUGCGAUCCCGGGAGAUUGCCUCACCGCGUAUCUUGUCACAGAACUUACAGACAAUGAGCUAAAAGUUAUCAAGUCAGCCUUUGAACUUGGUGCUUGUUCCAAGUUUUCUCCCUUACUCGAACUCAAGAUCGUGCGCGCACCUGAGGACUAUUGGGGAAAGUCUCAUCAAUACAUCCGCGCCAAAGAGAAUGAAGCUGGCAGAGAUGAGGCUUUUGCUGUCAUUGACGAUGAAGCAAAGAAAAGAGGAGGAAUUUGGUACAUUGAUCAAUUCGCCGACGAAGACCAAGUUGAGGACGGCGAGGCAGAGAGCACCGAUGUCGUCUUUAAGAUCUUGAUCCAGACUGAAGCCCUUGCUUUGACCCAGGUCAACUACUCCAUUGCCAACAUGAGUAUCGGAGAGGACCUCGAUAAUUUUGGUGUGAAUACACCUCUCACAAAUGACUUCCAUCAGCCGGAUCUGUGCGACUGUGGUGGAUUUGACUGGGUGGACCAGCAGAAACAUCAGAAUGCGUGGGUAACGGCGGAGCCUGGAGAAUACGAGGAGAGCACUGAUGAUGAGCUUCGAAAUAACUUCAUGCCUCGUCCUAGAAAGGUAGCAAGACUCAAAGAAGAUGUCGCUCGGAGUGUUGGACUGGUCAGCUCCUGGACAAUUCCUGGAAAAGCCAAAGCUAUUGAGAAUGAAGAUGGGACUAAGAAAGAGUUUCCCCCGGGAAGUGUUGUACUACAGCAGAGAUAUGACCCUGACUUUCCCUGGCCAGAAUACCAGUGGCCGGAGGGAUCUUUGUAG